AUGGGCCUCCAGUAUCUGUUGUCUGUGCUUUAUACCCAUUCCACACUAUGUAUGUAUUCGCUUAAAAAAUAUUCUGACUGGAUGGUGUACAACUUUUUUUCAGGAAUUCCUGAAGAUACAUUGAGAAAUUUUACGUUCAAUGUCUUGGCUGCUGUAUUGAUCCUGGAAUUUCUCAGUGGGAUCAAUUUGAUUAUUCAAACAUCAGCUCCAGAAAUAGUCGCCCCUGCCAUGCCUCCAUUCCAAGGUUGGAGACCAUUUCAUUCUUUGGCAUCCCAAGCUGAAGUCCUUGUAAGUGUUUCUGCACAACCAGCGGAUGGCCACCAAAGACAAAAGAAGCUAUAUUCAUCAGCAGUUGCCAUGUCAUCUGCACAUCCUCCUAUUUCAGCGCCUAGCUAUAGUUCCAUGCCCGGUGCUUUAGAUCUGGCCAUUUAUUCCUCAGAUCUAUCACAUACUCCAGUGCAGCAUACCAGACGCUUAGCAACAGCUGCUCCUGCUCAUGUAGAUGCUGACUCUCCGGAUGCAGCUUCAAAUUCUAGCGCAGCUCCUUCUGGAUUAGUGCAGCCUCCAGUAUCUCCUCACAAUGUGAGAAUUGAGCUCUUCCUUCGUAAUGUUUCCUUGACUUCAAACUGGAGCAACGAAUUUCUUCAAGAACUUGCUUCUCAGCUCAACCUGCGUGUUAAUCAAUUUGAGAUUGUAAAUUUUUAUGUCGUUGGAGCUUCUGGGCUAAAUAUCACAAUGGAUAUAGCUCCCCUUACUGGAAUUAGCUUUGCUGCUGAUCAAGUCAAGGCAAUGAAUUAUUCACUUACUCUGCAUACAGUUCGGAUUGAUCCUGUGUUGGUCGGGGACUAUAAUGUUCUUAAUUUAACUUGGUUCAGGCCAUUGGCUCCAGCCCCAGCUCCAGCAUUCACAAUAGCGCCUAGGGCCUCUCCAUCUACAGUAUCGAACUUGCCAAGACCGAGUGAGCGUCCCAGCAACAAUGGACAUCCAAGCCUGAUUACUGUGAUUAUCAUAUGCGUUGGUUCUCUAAUUGGAGUCUUGCUGAUUGUUUUAAUAAUAUGCUUCUGCACAAUUAGGAAAGGGAAAAAGAGAGUGCCUCGUGUUGAAACCCCCAAGCAAAGGACGCCAGAUGCAGUUUCUGCAGUGGAGUCCCUUCCUCGCCCCACCAGCACAAGGUUCCUUUCGUAUGAAGAACUGAAAGUGGCAACAAAUAACUUUGAGCCUUCAAGUGUGCUUGGAGAAGGUGCACUAGGUGCUAGUUGCCCCUUGGACUGGGACACCAGGAUGAGGAUAGCACUUGAUGCUGCCAGGGGAUUCGCAUACCUCCAUGAGGAUGCGCAGCCUUGCGUGCCGGAAGGUCAGACGAAUUAUCUUUCUACUCGUGUUAUGGGAACUUUCGGGUAUGUUGCACCAGAGUAUGCUAUGACGGGACACUUGCGUGUAAAAAGUGAUGUAUAUAGCUAUGGAGUUGUUCUACUUGAACUACUAACUGGGAGGAGGCCUGUGGAUAUGUCACAGCCCUCUGGGUAG